CUGGUCCACAAGAGACACAGUCACUCACAAGCAUCAUCAACAACACAUACGAACAAUCACACCGCAUCAGCGAAGUCGCCCAACAUGCAGAUCUUCGUCAAGACCCUCACCGGCAAGACCAUCACUCUCGAGGUCGAGUCCAGCGAUACCAUCGAUAACGUGAAGUCCAAGAUUCAGGACAAGGAGGGCAUUCCCCCCGAUCAGCAACGUCUUAUCUUUGCUGGCAAGCAGCUUGAGGACGGUCGUACUCUCUCCGAUUACAACAUCCAGAAGGAGUCGACCCUCCACCUGGUUCUCCGCCUUCGUGGUGGUAUGCAGAUUUUCGUCAAGACCCUCACCGGCAAGACCAUUACCCUUGAGGUCGAGUCCAGCGACACCAUCGACAAUGUCAAGUCCAAGAUCCAGGAUAAGGAGGGCAUUCCUCCUGACCAGCAGCGCUUGAUCUUCGCCGGCAAGCAGCUUGAGGACGGCCGCACUCUUUCUGACUACAACAUCCAGAAGGAGUCCACUCUUCACUUGGUUCUCCGCCUCCGUGGUGGUAUGCAGAUCUUCGUCAAGACCCUGACCGGCAAGACUAUUACGCUCGAAGUCGAAUCAUCAGACACGAUCGACAACGUCAAGUCCAAGAUUCAAGACAAGGAGGGUAUCCCGCCCGACCAGCAGCGCCUGAUUUUCGCCGGAAAGCAAUUGGAAGAUGGCCGCACCCUGUCUGACUACAACAUCCAGAAGGAGAGCACCCUGCAUCUCGUCCUUCGCCUGCGUGGUGGUAUGCAGAUCUUCGUCAAGACUCUCACUGGAAAGACAAUCACUUUGGAAGUCGAAUCAUCCGACACCAUCGACAACGUCAAGUCCAAGAUCCAAGAUAAGGAGGGUAUCCCUCCCGACCAGCAGCGUCUUAUUUUCGCUGGUAAGCAGUUGGAAGAUGGACGUACCCUGAGCGACUACAACAUCCAGAAGGAAUCCACUCUCCACUUGGUCCUCCGUCUGCGUGGCGGUCACUCGAUCGACCCGCGCCAGCCUGCGAGGCUGAGAAAGGCUAUGCGGUCCUUCUUCUAUCACUUGAAGUUUGAGCUCUACCCGACCUCAAAUCCAGCGACCGGCGACUCGACAAAAGGGAAAGCGCAGGCUUCUUCUUCUGCUAAAGGAGUUUGGCUUCCGCCGAAAGGCACCGACAUCUUCGACGAGCUUCCGGCGCAUUCUAGGAAAUCUGCAAAGAAAACCGACAUCUACCGACCACAGCCCUCGCCGCUGCAAUACGACACGCCAUCUCCUGCGGAUACCUACCGAUCGGACGACGUACGAGCUCCAAAUACGCCGGGAAACACUGGUCUGAUUGACUGUGGCCCGUCGAGAGCACCGGUCAAAGAGAAGAGCGGCGGAAACAUCGAGAGGCUCACGGAGAGGCAGUGGCGCGCGCGCACACAAAGCUUUCCUCCCCCAUCCUCAUACGCGGCGAUCCGGCCUGAAACUGCCGUACGGGACUGGCGGUUCGGUCAGUUGAGCAUACAAAGCAUCGACCUCGAGGGCGACGGCCAGAGAGGUGAAAUGGCAACGGAAGGAGCGAGCUCGUCCGCGGCGCUCGGCGUGGGCCCCAUCUUCGCCGGUACAUCGACAAAGGCGAAAUACAUCCCGCUCGAAACGAAGAAUACCGAAAUUGGCUGGGGCGUGGUACAUUUCUAUCGCGAGGAGGAGGAGACUCCGGAACUGGGUCUCGAGCCUUCAGCAGAUGACGGCGUCAAAGACGAAGACUGCACAACUCUGUGUAUACCCGCAGUGCCCAGCUACCUCACGCCAGGCGACUUUCUUGGAUAUGUGGGCGAGAAAUGGAGGGACGACAUCAGUCACUACAGAAUGGUCAUGACGGCUAGGAUGAAUAGAUACCUUGUGCUCCUCAAGUUCCGAAACAGCGAGGGCGCACGGAAGUGGCAGCGGGAGUAUGAUGGCAAGGUCUUCAACAGCAUGGAGGCCCAGGUUUGUCACGUCGUGUUCGUGAAAUCUAUCACCUUUGAGUCCCCGACGAGAGAAAACCGAACGUUUCCCGACCUCAACCACGAUCCGUUCACACCGUCCUCCUCCUCCGUCGCCGCGUCGAGCAGUCUAAAACCCUUCCCCCCGCCCACACCGAACCUCGUCGAACUACCCACUUGUCCAGUGUGUCUGGAGCGCAUGGACGAUACCACCGGCCUAAUGACGAUCCCCUGCCAACACGUCUUCCACUGCACCUGCCUCCAGAACUGGAAGGGCUCAGGGUGUCCAGUCUGCAGGCAUACGAACCCAGAAACUGCGUACGACCCCUCGAAUCCAUAUACCCAACCCUUCGGCUCCUCUGCGUCGAACCUCUGCAGCGUGUGCGACUCCACCGACGACCUCUGGAUCUGUCUCAUCUGCGGAAACGUUGGCUGCGGCAGGUACAAAGGUGGUCACGCAAAAGAUCACUGGAAGGAGACGGCACACAGCUUCGCCCUCGAGCUCGAGACGCAGCAUGUGUGGGACUACGCUGGCGAUACCUGGGUCCAUCGCCUCAUCCGCGACAAGGGCGACGGUAAGGUCGUUGAGCUCCCAGGCAGUAACGGACAGCAUGACCGUCCGGAGGGCGGGUAUGAGGACGUAGUCCCACGAGCGAAGCUGGACAAUAUCGGCCUGGAGUACACGCAUCUCCUGACUAGCCAGCUUGAGUCGCAGAGAGUGUACUUUGAGGAGAUGCUGAGCAAAGUAGCGGACAAGGCCUCUAAAGCCGCCGCCACAGCAGAAUCCGCAUCGGCGCAGGCCUCCACCGCGCUGGAAGAGAACGCGACUCUCAAGGCGGAGCUCACGCGGCUCAAGACGCAAGUCCUCCCCCAACUCGAGCGCGACGCGGAACGGGACCGUAAUAAGGCCGCCAAGUCGCAGGAGCUCGCGCGGAACCUCGGCAAGGCCCUGCAAGAGGAGAAGGAGGUCACGCAGGGGCUGAUGAAGCGCGUGGAGCACAACAACGCCGAGGUCGAGGCGCUGAGGCGCAAGGACGGGGAGCACAAGGCCCAGAUCGCCGAGCUGGAGGAGAUGAACCGCGACUUGACCAUGUUCAUCUCGGGCCAGGAGAAGCUCAGGGAGCUGGAGAACGAGGGGAAGGUCGAGGCCGGGGAGAUCGCGGAGGGGAGCGUGAGUGUGCCUGAGAAGAAGGGCAAGCGGAGGGCGAAGAAGUAG